CGGGGAGUAGCCAUCACAGUUCGAGCUCCAGUCUUCCGCUCCACUACCCACAAUUCCUGAAAAAUGCGUUCCUUCAUUCUGAUCGCCCUCUUCGCCCUGGUGGCUGUGGCUGCCGCUCAGGGUGGCCGUCGUGGAGGACCAGGAGGCCCUCGAGGUGGACCAGGAGGUCCUCAGGGUGGACCAGGAGGCCCAGGCGGUCCUCAGGGUGGUCCAGGUGGCCCAGGAGGUCCUCAGGGAGGUCCAGGAGGCCCAAGAGGUCCUCAGGGCGGUCCAGGAGGCCCAGGAGGUCCUCAGGGUGGUCCCGGUGGUCCAUGGGGACUGCCUCCUAAUGGAACCCUGCCCUCGAACAGCACCACUUCUACCACAGAGGCCAGCUCCAGCUCUUCCUCCACUGAGGCCAGCACCGAGGAAAGCUCCAGCACCGAGUCUUCCGCCUAGAUCAUCGGAAACUGCAAUACAAGAAUCUAAAGCUUAUAAAUAAAAAAAAAGGAAUUCCAGCAAAAA